CAGUCCACUUUUACCGGGGUCCUCCAUCUAGACAUUGCCGCGGUGCAUCCUGGAUCCUUCCUUUCCAUCCAGGCUCGCUUCAGCAAUCAUGGGAAAGUGUCGAGGUCUGCGUACUGCCAGGAAGCUCCGCAACCACCGUCGUGAGCAGAAAUGGCAUGAUAAACAGUACAAGAAGGCCCAUCUGGGCACAGCGCUGAAGGCCAAUCCCUUCGGAGGUGCCUCCCACGCUAAAGGCAUUGUCCUUGAGAAAGUUGGUGUUGAGGCCAAGCAGCCCAACUCUGCCAUCAGAAAAUGUGUGAGAGUCCAGCUCAUCAAGAAUGGCAAGAAGAUCACAGCCUUCGUGCCAAACGAUGGCUGCCUCAACUUCAUUGAGGAGAACGACGAGGUUCUGGUGGCCGGGUUUGGUCGUAAAGGUCACGCCGUCGGUGACAUCCCCGGAGUCCGCUUCAAGGUGGUGAAGGUGGCCAACGUGUCCCUGCUGGCGCUCUACAAAGGCAAGAAGGAGAGGCCCAGGUCAUAGAGGGUCAGACAGAACAGUCAAAUAAACAUGUUUUCAGUGAC